AUGAUGCAAUUCAUGCUUUUAUUUAGUAGACAAGGCAAGGUGCGCCUUCAAAAGUGGUACACAUCUUACUCUGAUAAAGAAAAAAAGAAGAUUUUGCGUGACCUCACAACAAUUGUGCUCUCUCGGAAGCCGAAAAUGUGCUCUUUUAUAGAGUGGAAAGAUCUCAAAGUCGUUUAUCGCCGCUACGCCAGCUUAUAUUUCUGUACUGCAAUUGAACCACAAGAUAACGAACUUCUGACUUUGGAAAUAAUUCAUAGAUAUGUGGAACUUCUAGACAAGUAUUUUGGCAGUGUGUGUGAACUGGACAUUAUAUUUCAUUUUGAGAAGGCAUAUUACGUGUUGGACGAGUUCAUGUUGGGUGGAGAGGUUCAAGAGACUGGAAAAGAAAGCGCUCUGAAUGAUAUUGAUAUGCAAGAUUUGAUUCAAGAGUUUUUUUCCCGAUUAUAAAUGAGUAUUUAUCUCUCUGUUAACUAAAGGAAGAGACACCUCAAGGAUUUUUCGAGGAACAAGGUAUUGGAUUAUGUGUUUGCUGCAUGUGGGCACUGUAUAUGGUUUUUAUGCAUGCAUACUCAAAUGUCAAAUUCUGUGUUUCGAAAUCACCUGUUUUCUACUUUAAGUUUCUAAAUUCUUAAGUUUGGUAACUUUUACACGAAACACCGUUUGUAAUGUGGAAAUAUAAUGUCAGUCAAGUGCAAACAGACGAUCUGAGACCUUGUUAGACUCUUCUGAGGGUACCCUCAUUACUGACUCUUGGAUUAAGUGUUAUCACUUUUUAUAACCUGGAAGUGUCACAUAACUUUAUCGACCUAGAUGUCUUGUGAGACUAUUUAACUCUGAAAGGAAUUCCUAACAUAUGUACCACCGUUAAGGCUCUAUUGGUAUCUGAGCAGUUAUUUUGGUAUUGAUGGUAGUUACUCAUUUUAAGCUAUUUGAAUCAGAAGUGUCAAUUAGGGAUAUUUAUUAUCACCAUUCGUACUCAUGUUUGCAUAGAUAUUACUACUGAGGUAUUCCCUUUACGGUCAAACUCUGCCUUAACACAUUUUGUUCGGAUGGCGCCUUUGAUCAAGAAAUAUUGCAAUUGUCGGUUGCCGGUAUUUAUACCUUACUUAUACCGAAACCUAUCGAAGGGUAAAGAUCUGAUCGAUUCAUUUUCAGUUAGGUCUGAAAUCUAUCUAGCUUUCUCUAGCUUGCUGUUCUUGAGCUGCAGUUAAAUAUCAAGUAAUUAUGGACCCCAAGAUGUUAAUCCGAACUGAGAUAGGAAGACUUUCCCUUUCAUAAACUGGAGUGGGGUUAGUGUUCUCGAUCAGUUGGACUUGACUACCUCUAAUCCACAUACACUAACCAGUGUUUAAGUUUAACUGAUUGUUUUCCACCUCCAUUCUUGAAUACUUCUGGUGUCACUUCAUCCUAUCCUUUAACUAUGGAUUGCUUUAGGUUUGAAUCAACCUAUACCUACACUCCGAUCAAGUUGAAGCUCGAUACUCUGCAACUGAGACGUGGCUGUAAGGUAGUUGAACUAUUCUUUAUAGUGUUCUCAAAUUUCAGGCCAUCUGUUCUGACAGCUUAUCAGGCUUCUGUCCUUCUUCUUGGUUGUCUCUUUAACCAUCAUCUUUUUCAUACCAGCUUCCUUAAUAAGUCUUCACUAUCUUCUAGUAUUACGUAGUCCUAAUAUCUUUUCCAUCUCUUCUGAUUCCCCUACUAACCUUGAAAUAGCAUGCUAGUGGUAACUGGAUUAGGUUGGAAGAGGGUUCAGGGUGCCCAGAAUGAAGUGUCACCAGCUCAUGAAACUGCUAACUGUUGGUCUGAACCUUACAGGGAGAUGUGGACUGCCUGACUGGUAUCCCUGAGAUGAUAAGAGUCAUUGGUUGAGGACUCUUGGUGACAUGACUGAAAAUUGGUUGCAGUGCCGCAGAUGUAUUCUUUCCUUGACGUCUUUUAAAGCAUGAGAAUUUACACUUACUUUCAUUUUCAUAUCCUCUCUCUUCUCAAUAUACCUUCGUGUACUUUGAUAUUAAUCUUUCUUUGUCCACUUGUUCCUUGAAUACUACUGGGAAAUGUGGGACCUUGAAUCGAUGUAUUUGUGUGCGAGUUCGUACUGUAUUUUUGUCUGUCUCUCCACUCACCACUGUUUUCUGUCAAUAGGAGAAGUCAUACAGCUUACAUUUAAUUUGUGUUCAUCAGGAUUGUAGCCAACCGAAAUGACUUUUUUUCUCAGCAAUCGGCUGGGUAAGCCUUCAGUUGUAGAUUUUGUAGAUUUUACUUAUUCUGCUCUUUUUUGUUGUCCAUCGCAGCACAACUGCAUAAUAAAAGGGAUAUAUAUGCAUUACUGUAGUUUUAGACUAAUAGUCUAUAUAAAAUUGCAGUCUUUCUACAAAAGAAAUUCUCCUGAAAGUAUUAUGUUAUGUUUUGUUUAUAUUAAACGAUCAAUACUAGAUUAUAGGGCCUGGCAAGUAAUUAUAGGAAAUGCUUAUUUAUAAGAUUGAUUACAUUUUCGUUGUAAUUUUGUUAUUGUAUGUGCUUUCACUACAAACUUUCAUAGCACACAUAUACGCACACGGUGGUUUUAUUUGUUUCCAUAUAAAUACUUGUGUGUUUCGAUGUAAACGGUGUUAGCAUGUUUUAUGUUUUGGUGAGUAUUUGUUCCUAUAUGUUGUACUAUUCAAACCAAUGAGUAUAUUUGUUAACAGUGUGUUUGUGUAAAUAUAAUGCUGAUUUAGUUUGUAGAUUAUAUUUCAUAAUUAUAGUCCAUCAACUUCUCUGACAAUCACUUUUUUUGCAUGAUGCUUUCCUGCACUGACUGACAUACUCAAACAGCUGUAUAAUAUUCGAAAAUGCUGGACCAUAGUAUAUACACACGUCAAGUCUUAUUUUACUUAGGAUUGAAGAAAUACUCUGUUAACGAACGCGAAAAUAAUGACGAUAUAUAGAUCGAGAGAUUCUUGCUAAUCGCCUUCAAGCAUCCAAGAGAAAACUUGAAUGAAUAUUUAAUGAAGUUUCUUCUUUCCUUUCUUUUUUGAUCUCAUCAUAGGAGGAGUGUAAGACCAAAGAAGAACAAGCCGAUAUCAGUGUAGUCGAUGUAUCAGGAUUUUGAAAUGAAUAGAAAAGUUUUGGAAUCACUUACAAUUUUUCAUUCUUGAAAGAAAGAUAUUUCCCCCAUCAAAUACAUACAUAUCUGAUAUGUGUACACGUAUAAACUAGAGUUGUAAAAAGCACAAAGGAAUAAUUAAUUUUCUACACACUUUUACUUUUAUCCACUUUUUUUUCUUUUUUAAACCUAUUUCUUGCGUAAACGUUGAAAAAUGAUUUAUUCCUCAUCUUUGUGAUAAGUUUUUUUUUUGUUUUUCAAUUAUCUUUUGAUUGUACUUUUCAUGUUGUUUUUGUAAGUAUAAUUUUUAAUAUACCCUUUUACAUAUCAUUCAAAACAUACAUGCAUUGGCAAUUUUGUGAUAGUCCAAUUUCUGUUUUGUAUAAUUUGAUAAGUAUUCUCACUCAACAUAUUCUCACCAAAAGUGUCUUUUGGAUUUCAUAUUAGAUUUGUUUGUUUGAUAUAUAGAGCACAAUGAUAUAUGAUUAUCUAAUUUAUACUGGAAACGUCAUCAAGUAGAUGAUAUUGUAUCACUGUGUUCUAUAUAUCAAAUAAACAAAUUUAAUGUGGAAUUAUAUUCUACCACAAUGCCCAAGUUUUACAUUUAUAUUAAUGUCUUUUUUAUUGUUUUAAUGUUUUUAUGGUGGCUAUUUUUUAAAUCACUCUAUCUGUCUGUUUUGUAUGCAUUUGUUUAUUGUAUGUACACUUUAAUAUGAUUCUUUGUUUUUGCACCCAAUUUCUAACUCCCCAUCUGUUUUACUUUAAAGUCUUUGGUGAUAUUAUUGUACAUCUAACUACAGAUAUACAUAAAUUGGAUAACUAAUCAA